AUGGACGAGGUCUUACCUGACAGCUCUACAGAGCAACGAGGCGCCAAGCCAAGUAGUAGCAGAGAGCGUACUCCAAUUUCAAAGACUGAUCCUGCAGACUAUGUCAAGGAAUUAGUAUUCAACUACAUCUACUCAACAUAUGAUGUCGUCCUGAAAUGCACCCUUGAAGAGCCGACAGCAGUCCCAGAUGAUAGCCAACGCAGCGUGGGCUUCAGUUCCCCGGAGUCUGUCUGCGUCGAUGCUUCAACCAUACAUCAGCUCCUCUCAGUAUCAGCAACGGAGUUUGUCGCGCGACUCUCUCCGGUGGAAGUGCCAUACAUAGAAACGCUCGCAAAAGAUGUACUAUCCCAAAUCCCUUGCCACAAGAGCUACAUGCCGAUUCAGGACCUCGUCAACCUGAACAUACCCCCCGAUCGACUUGGUCUUCUUCUCUCCGCAUUAGCGCUUUGUUGCAUAUAUCCUAAACAGAUCGAUAGCAAUGCUUCCGCAUACUUCUUGGGCUCUCGCUAUCUGCUCAAUUAUUGUUAUGUGAAGCCUUCACUGGACCUUUGCAUCGCAUACUAUUUGCAACAUCUUUAUCUCCUGAAAACAGGAUCGGAUAACCAGGACACAACCGCCCUUACUAUGGCCAUCCACACAGCCCACGACUUGAAGAUAAAUAAAGGGGGGUCCCCCGAUCGUUGCACGCUACCAGCGAAGUUGUACCUGUUUUUGUAUUUCCACGACCAGUGCUGUGCUAUGAGCAACAACACACCCCCUCACAUCAAGACAACCGACUACACAACCAGCGUCUUCGACCACGUUCUCGAGGAAGAGCCCGAUUUCCGCCCCUUAUUCGACAUCCUCGUAGCCAACGGCCAAGUCCUAGAAGCACUAUACGGAAAACCCUGCGACCACAGCAACAUAUACCACCUCGAAGAACUCCUCGGAUGUGUUUCCAAAUCCGCCCGAAAACCAAUGCAACCAUUCCUCGGACUCGACGGAUCCAACAUGAACUACGAAGCCCCUGUGCAGAUCCACAUGUUCUGGGCAAGAAUUACCCUCCGCGUGCACCGCCUCCCCCUAACAGAAGACUGGAUCCCCUCAAUGAGCAUCUGCGUCCGCUCCUCCCAAAUGAUCCUCCUCCUCUACUUUCAAACCUACAAUCCCUCAAUGGCCCCCGGUGCCACCCAAAACCUGCACAACCCCUCCGCCAGCCUCCCUCUUCUCGCCAUGGAGGGCCGCCUGCCCCUAACCUGGCGCCAGGUGAAGCGUAUUAUGACCUCCGCGUUCAUCCUCAUCUACGCGUACUGGCACGGCGAGGUCACCUUCGAGGAGGUUUGUCGGGGCACCGCUAUGGCGCUGGUGCUGCAUGAGUGUCAGCGUGUACGGUGGGGGAGGGAGUUGGAUGGCGCGAUGGCGGUUUUGAGGGAUAUUGCGGGGAUUUGUGGGAUGACUAUUUUGCCAAAUUUAUCGAGUUUGUUGCCGGAUGUUGAUUUGGGAGUUUUGAGGGUUAUUGCUGGGUAG